GUAGAGCGGCAGACGGGAGACGGCGCAUGCUUGUCUCUGCCUUCACUCCGAGCUUAGUAUAUGUUUGUCGAUCUCUGCCUUCCCUGAGUAGAGCGGCGGACAGACGGCACACCUACCCGAGCUCCCCUGCCGACGAUCGCGAUGGCAUCUCACGGAGACGGCGGCGGCGGCAGCAGCCUCGUCUGCGUGACGGGCGGCAGCGGCUUCAUCGGCUCCUGGCUCGUCCGCCUCCUUCUCGGUCGCGGCUACACCGUCCACGCCACCGUCAAGAACCUCCAGGACGAGAGCGAGACGAAGCACCUGCAGGCAAUGGACGGAGCGAACUCGCGGCUCCGGCUGUUCCAGAUGGACCUCCUCGAACCCGCCUCCAUCCGGCCGGCGGUCGAGGGCGCCCGCGGCGUCUUCCACGUUGCUUCUCCGGUCAUCCUGCACCGUGCACAGGACCCAGAGAAUGAGUUGGUGGAGCCUGCGUUGAAGGGCACGCUGAGCGUCCUCCGCGCCGCGAAAGACUGUGGAGUCGGCCGUGUUGUCAUGGUGUCAUCGCAGACGGCCAUGGUGCCAAAUCCAGCGUGGCCUGCUGACAAGGUCGUGGAUGAGGACUCCUGGGCCGACAUUGAGCAGCUCAAGAAACUUCAGCUUUGGUACAACGUCUCCAAAACACUGGCAGAGAAGGCCGCAUGGGACUUCGCCGAAAAGGAAGGUUUGGAGCUCGUUGUGCUCAAUCCAGCUCUGGUGUUGGGCCCUACUUUGACGCCCAAUAUCAUGGCCAGUCUCCAAAUGUUUCUUCAGAUCAUGGGAGGGAAGAAGUAUGACAUGGACGAGUUCUUCAUUGGCUGUGUUGAUGUCCGAGACGUCGCACAGUCUCUGAUAGUGCUGUAUGAGAACACAUCUGCCGAGGGACGCCACUUAUGCCUGGAGUCCUCUGAACGGAUGGUCGAUUUCACCAAUAGACUUGCUCAUCUCUACCCUGAAUUUUCAGUUUACAGAAUCCAAGAGGACAAACAAGACUGGGUGGUGAGGGCCAAGGACCCCUCCAAGAAACUGAUCAAUUUGGGUGUCCGUUUCACUCCAUUGGACAAAACUAUCGCGGACACUAUGGACUGCUUUAGGAGCAAAGGACUCAUCUAGCGCGUCACGCCGAUUUCUUCAAAGGAAAAUUAGGGAAAUAUCGAGUAUCGCAUCCAUCUGGCUGAAUGUGAAAAUGUGUUGUUCAAAAACUGUUGUAAAGCCUCUGGCUGCAAACCUGUUCUGUUUUUUUUCUAUUCAAUAAAUUCAUGUAGGGGCUACGGCCCCUCCAGUUUUAUAUUAAAAAAAACUGUUGUAAGGUGAAAAUAAACUGCUAGAACGCAAAUAAUACAUUUGUAAAUGACGUGUUUUUUUU